AUACCUAAUGAGGAUCCUCCUAGUGGUAUAUUCGCCAUGAAGAACAGUGCAGAUACACAUACUCUUCUUGUUGAAAAUAGAACAGAUCAAACCUUUUUUUGAAAACGGAAGGCUUUUGCAAUUUGGAAACAGUACAGAGAAAUCUGAAAAUGACAAAAUUAAACAAGAGGAAUCAAUAAUUCCUGCCAUGGAUGUCAGCAGGUUGUGCUUUUCAAACCUUAACCAGCAAUCUCCCAAAACUUCUUUACUUGAAAAGGCAGAAAGUUGCAUACCGAAUACGACACUUAAGGAUCAGCUAUCUCUAAAUUUCUUUUUGACCACACCCAUGGGCAAUUCAGGCUCUAUACUACCCAUUUCUUCUGGGGUUUCUCCAUUCCAACAAGGGCAGACAGCACACAAUAUCUUUCCAAAGGCCCCUAAAGCUAGCUCAAGUUCGGGGUUUGAAUCAAAAUGUGGAAUAUCUACACUGACAGGUGUUGCAAGGCCAUCGUCUGAAGGGAGGAGCAGUAAGAAUCAGUUCCUGCCUAGAUAUUGGCCCAGGAUUACAGACCAAGAACUGCAGAAACUAUCUGGAGACUUGAAAUCCAGUAUAGUGCCUUUGUUCGAAAAGGUUCUGAGUGCCAGUGAUGCUGGUCGGAUUGGUCGUUUGGUCAUCCCCAAAGCAUGUGCUGAAGCAUAUUUUCCAUAUAUUACCCAGUCCGAAGGAAUACCCAUAAGGGUGCAGGACGUAAAAGGGAAAGAGUGGAUAUUUCAGUUCAGAUUUUGGCCCAAUAACAACAGCAGGAUGUAUGUUCUAGAGGGCGUUACCCCCUGUAUACAGAAUAUGCAAUUACAAGCUGGUGACACAGUUACUUUCAGUAGAAUAGAUCCUGGCAGGAAACUAUUUAUGGGCUUCCGGAAGGCAGUGAAUUAUGCUGAAACACAGGAUUCUCAAAAUGCAACCAUUGCCAAUGGUGGAUGUUCUCCUGAAAGUCCAGAUUUUGCUCCCACUGAAAACUGUGCUACAAAUGUAGGAAAAGAAACUGAUGAUUCCUUGCAAAUAAAUGUGAUCGUUCCCGAAAAGAAAAUUAAGAAAACAGGGAGCAAAAAUAAGAGGCUCUUGCUAAACACUGAAGAUGCUAUAAAGCUGAAGAUCACUUGUGAAGAAGCUCGGGAUUUGCUCCGCCCACCUCCAAAUGUUAAUCCAACCAUUGUUGUGAUUGAGGACUGUGACUUUGAAGAAUAUGAUGAACCACCCAUUUUUGGAAAGAGGACGGUCUUCACCACUGCAUCAUCUGGAGAAGUAUCUUAUGUAGGGAGCAGGGACAGUGGGCCCAAUGUGACAGUUGCUUCAAAUGGCAUAGGCUGCCUACACACGUUCUCCUUCCAGCAAACUGGACUUGUUCUGACAAUACUUGGGACUCAAACAGAUCUUCUUGUUCUGCCGCAAGUGAGAUGAAUAAAAAACAACUUGAUUCAUUCCAUAGAGCUUGCAACAAGGGAGAAACCAAAAGAGGAAGAGUCUCGGAAAGUGGCAAUGAUUGUGAGACUUAUGCUGGCCUAGAUGCGUUAGCAUGUAUUGCAGUGUUGGGAGAUGACAGCAUUGGCGGUGGUGGUGGUGACUUGGGGGCUAGCGAGCCUUCUACCACAAAGCAUCCUCGGCAUCGGCCUGGUUGCACUUGCAUUGUUUGCAUCCAACCACCCAGCGGGAAGGGCAAACAUGAUCCCACCUGUAAAUGUAUUGUUUGCUUGACCGUCAAACGCCGGUUUAAGACUCUCAUGCUGCGUAAGAAGAAGAAAAAAUCCGAACGUGAAGCAGAUAUUGUGCAAGAGAAGGAUAAAACUCUUCCAGACAUUGAUGUUUCUAUUGAUGGACCCAGUUUGGUGCAACAUGCGUGUUAUCCAGAGAAUGAUGACUAUCCAAACGGAGAUCGUGGGAAUAGCAAGGGGCAGUUGGACCUGAACUGCCAUCCUAAUGAGAGCCAGGCACCUGAAGGGUAGGGCAACAUACAAACAUAUACUACGUACUACGUAUGUGUUUACAUAUUCUUUCUAUCGAUUUGUGCAGGGUACGAGCAUUCCUUUUGUUUUUAGUUGGGUUUCCUGGUCUUGUAUGAAAGUUUACAUCAUUGUAUACUAUACUCUGUAUGAUGCGACACACAGCCCCUAUUGGUGUUAAAUUUUCUAGGUAGGAUUGCCUUCGUUGUAUUGUACAUGGGAAGUUGCUAACAUGGGGUCACUUUUGUCUUCCACUACGUGUUCAUUAUGAGAAAUCUCAUAUGAUUUAAUUUUGUAACUUGUUACGCG